UAUUCAUUGAAACAUUCAGAUAAUAGAGAUAAAGAUUUUUUACAUUGAAAAUUUGUCACCAUGAUACGUUCGUUUGAAGCCUGGGACUACGUCAUUUUUGCCAUAUGCCUUGCCAUUUCCCUCGGGAUCGGGAUAUACCAUGCCUUCUUUGCUGGGGGACAGAACACGACUGAAAAAUAUUACUAUGGCAACCGAAAUAUGGGAGCGAUUCCUGUUGCACUAUCUAUGCUUGUGACGUAUCAAUCAUCUAUUUUUAUGUUGGGAUAUCCCGGUGAAAUGUACAUAUACGGAUCCAUGUUCUGGCUGAGUUUUAUAGGCGUGGGACUGGGGUUCGUCCUUGUUGCGGUAUUCCUUGUCCCUCUUUUUCAUCCCCUCAACAUAAGAAGUGCGUUUGAGUACUUAGAGCUGCGAUUCAAAAGCAAGGCUCCAAGACUGUUGGCGUCGUUCAUGAGCAUCAUACUUUAUAUCAUAUUUAUGGGUCUUGUUGUUUAUGGUCCAGCAAUUACAUUAAAAACAGUCACACAGUUUCCCCUUUGGGCUUCAAUGCUUAUCGUUGCUGCCGGUGGAGUAUUUUACACAUCAAUCGGCGGAUUCAAAGCAGUUAUUUGGGCGGACGUGUUUCAAUCUAUCAUUAUUGUAAUUGGGAUAUUCUCCAUACUUAUACAAGGGCUGAUUAAAGUUGGCGGAUCAAGCGAGGUGUGGAGAAUAAAUGAGAUGUAUGGGCGGAUCCAGUUCGAUGAGUUCAGUCCUGACAUCACUGUUAGACACACUAUCUGGGGCUUAGUCAUCGGGAACAUGAUCCAGUUUUUCUCCUUAGGCUACAGCCAGAUGAUAGUCCAGAGAAUCAUGUCCACGCCCACCAGCAGCAAAGCCGUACAAGCGUCCAUGUUUGCCAUUCCUGGAUUUGCGCUGUUUGGAUCUAUUUCCUGUUUCCUGGGGCUGAUGGCCUUCGCUUACAAUGUCCAGCAAGGAUGUGAUCCACUGGCGAAAAAUAUCAUCGUCCGACCAGAGCAGGCUUUGCCAUAUUUUGUAAUGGAUAUAUUCGACAACAUUGUAGCAAUGCCGGGUGUGUUCCUUGCCGCUCUGUUCAGCGCCUCUUUAAGUACUCUUUCUUCCGGUCUCAAUAGCCUACCAACGAUAAUUUGGGAGGAUUUCAUUAAGCCUCACUUUGGGAAGAAAUUCUCUGAAAACCAGGCUACGCUGUUCGGAAAAGUUCUAGUAAUAAUAUUUGGAGCACUAGCCAUUGGGUUUGCAUACCUUGCCUAUCUAGUUGGUGGUCCCAUUGUUCAGAUGACGAGCACCGUAUCGUCGUGCUUUAAUGGACCAAUUUUAGGAAUGUUCGUCAUGGGCGCUGUCUUUAAAUCUGCCAAUUCUAAGGGUGCUAUAGUCGGAUGUCUUUCCGGAUUUAUCUUCCUGCUAUGGAUAGCUUUGGGAAAAGUCGUGGAGAAGCACGUGACCCCGAGACUACCCGGAGGUCCCGUCACAAACUGCACCUCCUUCUCAAUCAAUCAUAUCAACAAUACUCAAGCGUUUAGAUCAGAAACAACAUACUCAAUUAACUACACAACAACAGAGAUCUCAGCUGAAAUGAUGCAAUCUAGCGAAGGAGAUCACGAGGUCCUUGGUGUGUACAAGAUCAGCUAUAUGUGGUACACGACUAUAGGUAUGGUUGUCUGUAUAGCAGUGGGAAUGAUCGUCAGUUUGAUAACGGGCGGCUUAAAAUCUGCAGAUGACGUUGAAUUUAGAUAUUUAUUUCCUCUCAGACGAAUGUUCGACUCCAAACGGGUUAAGCAAUAUGAAUUAAAAGAAAAGGCAAAAUGGAAUUCAGAGAAGGAAACGUCGGUGGAGCUUGUGGGUGAAAAAUCAUGAAAAACCGUAGUUUUCACCACUUCCGCCUCCAAUUUCCAAUUCAUGUUUCCGUUAUCAUCGGCAAAGUGGAAAAACUGUUUUUGAAUACACAUUCUUUGCUGAGUGAGGAUGAAAUUUGAAGGAAUAUUUUCACUUCUACUGUAAAUGGAACAGUUUUUUUUUCUCAUUUAUAAUUUUGAAACGAUUUAUGAUUUGGACAGAAAUGUGUUUUUGAUAUUUGU